AUGGACGUCGAUCAACCGGAGCAACAGAAACGUCUCAUCUAUUUUGCGUUCAUCGCGUUUUUCCUGGCACCUGGUGAGCAGAGAUCGGUCUGUGAUAAGAGAACACUUAUUGAUGUUAUCAUUGUAGCCAUUCUUAUCACCAUGAUGUACUGUCAAAUUGGAACACGAAUAGCGUCCAGGGAUUCUUUGCUUUGUGUCGACAAGAAGCAGAUGAAGACAAAGUCAACACCAACCUUUCGGUGGUGGUUGUCGUUCUUCAUCUGUUGGUUGCCGUUCCACAUUCAACGGCUUCUUUCGCUUUUCAUCAGCUAUUAUGAAGGCCAAGUUUCGCCGGCAGUAGAGGUCCUGUUCUCUCUUGUCUACUACAUCUCAGGAUGCUGUUACUACUCCAACUCCGCCAUAAACCCUAUUUUGUACAAUUUGUUCUCCGCUAAGUACCGUAAAGCGUUCUGCAUGACGAUUCUUGGCCGUCGAAUUGCCGAAAAGAUCCGUCCACAGUGGUUCGCAUUGCGAAGCAAGUUGCGGUCGGUUCAGGAGCACUCGUCGCCCCACCUUGGGAUCUCCGCGAACUCCUCUGCAAAGUUCAAGCCGGAGAAACAGCCACUGUGCAAACUCGGCACCGGCAUUGUGACCACGGCUAUACUCGUAUGA